CACCAACACAUUUUAACCGUCGAAGAAGAAGAAAACGUCAACAGGAAGUAGGAGAUAGCUGCAGCUGUCUAAGGCCUCCAACAUGGCAGGCAGACGGGCUCUGAAGGCUGUGCUCAUUGACCUGAGUGGAACUCUACAUAUAGAAGACACAGCAGUACCUGGGGCGCAGGAAGCCCUAAACAGGUUACGGCAGGCUUCUGUAGCUGUGAAGUUUGUGACCAACACAACCAAGGAGAGUAAGAGGAACUUACUGGAACGACUGCAACGCCUCAACUUUGACCUCCAGGAAAAAGAGAUCUUCACCUCUCUGAGUGCUGCAAGGAGUUUGUUAGAGCAGAAAAAACACAGACCUCUGCUGCUGGUGGAGGACAGCGCACUGGAAGACUUUGCUGGUAUUGACACGUCAGAGCCAAAUGCUGUCGUCAUUGGACUCGCUCCUGAUCACUUUAACUACCAAACACUCAACAGGGCUUUCAGAAUGAUUCUGGACGGAGCUCCUCUCAUAGCUAUCCAUAAGGCUCGGUAUUACAAACGGAAGGAUGGUUUGGCCCUCGGGCCCGGGUCUUUUGUGACGGGACUGGAGUACGCCACGGACUCUAAAGCUACAGUAGUAGGAAAGCCUGAAAAGACAUUUUUUACACAGGCUCUGUCUGAUAUAGGAUGUAGCCCUAGUGAAGCUGUCAUGAUAGGAGAUGAUGCCAGAGAUGAUGUAGGCGGUGCCCAGAAUGCAGGAAUGUUGGGUAUUCUGGUCAAAACUGGUAAAUACAGAGAAGGAGAUGAGAAUAAAAUCAACCCCCCGCCUCACUUGACAUGUGACAGUUUCCCAGAUGCCAUUGAACACAUUCUGCAAAAUCUGUUAUAAGCUAUAUAAAGAGCUAGUUUCAUUUGCUCAAUGAAUAUUCAGUUUGCACAAAGUAAACAGUUCUCACACGGAAAAGGGAGCCACAAUAUGUGUCAGUGAAACUAACCAUGUUCAAGGAAAGCUGUAAUGCUGUACUGUCUCGAAUUCAUGUUGAGAUAAGUUCAUACACGUGAUGAAUGUUUUCCA